GUUAGUUCGCGGGAGUCCGGAGCCCGGGAGCGGCCGCGGCGGCGGCGCAGGUGCCCUGGGCCGGCGUCGGGAUGGAGCUGCCCACGGUGAACCUCAAGAUGAUCCUGCUGGUUCACUGGCUGCUGACGGUCUGGGGCUGCAUCACAUUCUCGGGGCCCUAUCCCUGGGCCAACUUCACCGUCCUGGCCGUGGGCGUGUGGGCCGUGGCUCAGCGGGACUCCAUCGAUGCCAUAAGUCUGUUUCUGGGCGGCUUGGCGGCCACCGUCUUCCUGGACAUCGUCCACCUCAGCGUCUUCUACCAGCGGACGGGCUUCUCGGACACGCAGCGCUUCGGCGCGGGCAUGGCCAUCCUCAGCCUGCUGCUCAAGCCCCUGUCCUGCUGCUUCGUCUACCACAUGUACCGGGAGCGCGGCGGUGAGCGCCUGCUGUAUACGGGUUUCCUUGGGCCGUCACAGGAGCGCAGUGACUACCAGACGAUUGAGUCACCAGAGGUGCCCGCGGACCCCUUUGUAGGCUCAGAGGGCAGGGGCCACUCCCCGCAAGGGUACUGAGGCCAGCCGGCUUUGGCCGCAGCGCAGGGGUGAGGGUGGUGGAGCCCGGAGAUGGCCCAGUGGCAUCACCCCCCUUGCGCCGCGGGUGGCGUCCCAGAGAUGCUCCUGACCCCACUCCCCUGUCUUGGACUACGUUCCCCUGUCCCCAACCCCCGUCAGGUGCCCUGAGUGCUCACCCAUCCCAGGCUCCCUGCGGCCGCCUCUCCCUUCGCUGGUCCGGAGCCGGGAACCUGGGGUCUCGUUACCUCCCGCAGCUGCCCCGUGCAGCCCCGUCCCAGCCUCGCCCGAGCCAGGCCCCACCUGUGGCUCCUGGCCUCCGACUGCCUGUGGGUCGCACUCAGCCCCGGAGCAGCCCGGCACGCGGUGGGGGUCCUGUGCUGCUCACUGCCUGGUGGCUUGCCGCGUGGGGUCCUUGGGCUUGGGGGCACCACCUGGGGCCCACCACAGCCUCUGGCGGCCCUUCCCGAAGCCUGGCGUUGGCGUCGGGGCACAUGGCUGGGUGUGCUUUGAGCCUGUAACCCCCAGCCAGGCCGUGCCUGGACCUGCCUGCGAUUUCCCCUUUGAGUCCACAGCUCAGCUGGCCUGUCCGCUGUGGGAGGACGUGGCCUCACGGGCAGCCGGGCCCACCCUGCACCCCGCGUUGGCCCAGCGAAGGCCCAGCAGUGGAGGGCGCUGUGUGGUGCCAGCGGCCUCCGUGUGUCUGAGUCAGAGGGCUCGGGUACCGGCUUGAAUCCCUCUCUGCCGCUUCUGGCCGCGAGCCUCGAGCAACUUCACGCCUCCGACCUCAGUGUCUUCUGGAAAGAAGCUAAUAAUGCUGCCGGGGUGGUGAUGCAGGGGAAGCAUGCAGUGCCCGGCCCGUGGAAAGCUCCCGAAGUGGCGGCACAGUUGGUGGACUGCUCCUUGAUCCUGGGGUGCUGUGGGGUCCGUAGGCGGGGGGUGACCUCUUCUGGGCAGACCCUGUGUCUUGCUGUCGGGGGGACGGGGACCAGCACCUGCCCAGAAGCCCCGAGCAUCCCACAGCCAGGCUCCUACCCUGUGUCGACUGGACCAAGUGCCUGCGCUCUCCCAGGCCGGCCCACUUGUCCCCGGCACGCACCCCCCACGCCCCGUGUCCAUCCGUCCGAGGGCGCUCAGGACCCGCUGCUGCUGAGCCAGGGCUGCGGGGCUGAACCUGGAGCCUGCUCUCAGGGAACAGACCUCAGGAGUCUCUGUCAGGAGGCAGGAGCCCCACAAGGGUCCUGUGGGGAGGGACCCGCACUUGGCACCCAGGGACACCGAGCGGGGGCAGCUUCACCGGCAGGCGGGUGAAUAGACAAUCCGCGGUACGUGCACUCUGUGGAUGUGGCUCAGCAGCCCGCGUGUGUGAAUAAACCACACCUGUCUCUGUCGA